CACCGCAUAUUGCGUGGUCAUCAGUGUCUUUGCAAUGUCAGACUUACUGUUUCUCGCUCUGGUGGGGUUUCUUGCCGCCGCUGAGGUGUCUGGUCACGGGCGUUUAAUCGAUCCUCCUUCCCGGAAUAGCGCGUGGAGAUACGGGUUCAAAACCCCAACCAACACGAACGACCAUGGGCUGUUUUGCGGAGGCUCCAGGAGACAAUGGGUAACAAAUGGCGGAAAAUGUGGCAUCUGUGGUGACCCGUAUGACGGACCACGUGAGCAUGAAGCGGGCGGUCGCUACGCAACCGGCACCAUCGUGCGCACCUACCAAUCAGAAGACGUCAUCGAUAUAGCUGUGGAGUUGACUGCGGCUCAUCUGGGAUAUUUCGAGUUCAGGAUUUGCCCUCAUAAUGAUCCCAACACACCUGCAAGCCAAGAGUGUUUGGAUAAACACGUAUUGAGGCGAGCAGACGACAGUGGUGUACGGUUCCCCAUCACAGGUGGCGCCAGUGUCUACAAGAUGAAGUACAAGCUGCCGGUCGGCAUGGUGUGUUCUCAGUGCGUUAUGCAGUGGAAAUACCAUACAGGGAAUAGCUGGGGCACUGACCCAGAUACUGGUCGUGCGUGUACUGGGUGUGGGCCACAGGAAGAGUUUAUCAACUGCGCGGACGUUGCCAUAGUCGCUGAUGACAGCGGGUCAUUUACAGGCAACUUGUCCACCAGCGCGGUGCCAUCUACAGCUGCAUCUUCCACCGUAGAGCCCUCUACCUCACCCACAAAUACACCUUCAACAACUACAGUGUCCGUUCCCAGUGUCACAGGUUCCAAUACGCUCCCUACCACUACCACUGCAACGACUACUCUUCCCACUGAAAAACCGCCUGCCACCCCAAAACCGACAACAGUGGAACCUACUACUACUUUCUCAACUACCACAACUACGGAGAAACCAACUACAACCAUGAAACCAACUACUCCAUCCACGACCACCACUACCACGGAGAAACCGACUACGACGCAAGAACCAACAACAACCAUGAAACCAACCACUCCAUCCAAGACCACGACCACCACGGAGAAACCGACUACCACGCAAGAACCAACAACAACCAUGAAACCAACUUCUCCAUCCACAACCACCACCACCACCACCACAACCACCACGGAGAAACCGACUACCACUGAAAAACCAACUACAACAAUGGAACCAACUACUCCAUCUACCACCACCACCACCACAGAGAAACCGACUACCACCGUAAAACCAACAGCAGCAAAAGUAACUACUCCCGAACCAACGACAACCAAGCGACCUGCCAAGCCCAACAAAGGACGCUUGGUGUGUGAGUGGGUGGGUCCUCAGGCUAUUCGCUUCGGCAUGAAGACUUGGUGCAGGAACAACUGUAUGGCAGGGUACUGUCCUCCCACUCAUUGUAGGUGCACUCGCCAGUAGACUGACCCCAUUACAGACACCCUGAAGUUUAGAGCACUGACUUUACCCUGCUUGCCCUUAGGUAAUAGAGGGUAUAUGUAGUAUGCAACAGACUUUGAAAAAAAACAGGGUACUUUGGUAACGGCUUUA